AUGGCAACACAGGGAAUAGAUGAGAAGCAACGAGGAAAGGUAUUGUUCAAUGUUGCGUCUCAUACUAAAGCACUACUGUACUGUACAGUUAAUAAUAUUGUAGCCAGUACCCUUGGGUACGGCGUACAAACGCUGCCCUACAGUACAGUACAAAAAUAUCUUUCCGACAAGCUAUACAGCCCCGUUUUGAAACGCGUCGUACAGGGAUGUGGUGCGACCGUAGAAGGAAAGCGUUGGGCGUAA